AUGAAUUUCUCAAAUUCUAAUGGACUUUUAAAUGAUGUGAUACUAUCACAAUAUUUUAUUCACCCUAAUCAAACUAUAGGGAACGAUACAUUAUUUUCAAAUCAUAAUAAUCAUUUAAAAAAUGAUAUCAAACGAGUCACAUUGAAAAUUGAUAUAUCACAUACAAAUCAUAGUUAUAUAAUUGGUCGUUAUGGCUGGAAUAUUAAAAAGAUUAUGAUGAAUACUCAGUGUCAUAUACAUUUUCCAGAUUCAAAUCGUAAUAGUUCAAUCUUUAAAAAAAGUAAUCAAGUUUCAAUAACUGGUCAGUUGAAGAAUGUAGAGAGAGCUAGAAGAAUAAUUCGAGAUAUUCUUCCGGUUACAUUUACAUUUGAAAUACCUUAUUUAAAUAAUGAAAGUUUAAUUUCAAAUCAGAAUUCACAAACCAUUCGACAACUUCAAAAUGACUUUGAUGUGGAAAUCACAUUUCGUAAUCAUUACACGUUAACAUAUUAUCGUAAAACAACUGUUAGUGUUAAAGGAUUAACAAUCAAUGUAAAAAAAACAAAAAAUGUUGUACGAUCAUUAAUUAAGCAAUACUUUGUUCGAAAUACUGAUAUUAUUCCAGUUAACACGUAUAUUAACAUGGAUGCAAAACAUUCUUCUCUGUUACACAAUAAAAUUUCAUCAGAUAAUUUAAUAAAAUUAGUUCAUGAAACAACUGGUGCAAAUGUUAAUUUCUCUCCUUCUACUUCCUCCAUCACGAAUUCCACCCCUUCACCGUCAUCAUUAUUACCAACAUUUUCAACUGAUAACCAAGUAAAUUGUAUGAAUUACUUUUCAAGCUCUUCAAAUCAAACUCAAGAUUCAAACAACCAUUACUUAAGUCAGUCUUUUCAGAAUAAAUUAAAUCUUAUUCACAUAUAUGGUGAUGUAGAUAAUGUGUUUUUAGCAAGACAGUUGAUAAUGAAUUUAUUACCUGUUGUAUUAAUAUUCGAUGUGAGUAUACUACAAGGUGAAUGGCUUGGAAGUUUCAAUUUUUCUAAUUUAUGUCAGUAUUAUGAAGUGAAUAUAAUCAUUCGGAAUAAACCAAAAGAUUUACUGAAGUCUGUUGUUAUUAGAACGAACGAGAAAAAUAUUCGUUCACUUUAUAUUAUGUGGGAAUUAAUACAAGAUUUACUUUCACAAUUUACAAGAAACACCAUCUAUGAAAUUGAUAGUCCUAGUUGCUUAAACUCAUCGAAUUACCAAAUUCAAAUUCAAAGGCCAUGGCUGGAGGAUAUUUAUAAACCAGAAAUUCCAUCUUUUUUGGAUAAAGACAAAAUAUUGAUUAAAAAAGAAGGUAAUAAAGAAAACAGUGAAGAACAAAUAAGAUUCAAUUAUACAACAUCAUGUUUAACAAGUCUUUCAUUAAGCGCACCUUCAUCAACAACAAUAACAACAUCAUCAUUAUCGUAUUAUGAGCCAUCAGGGAGAGUGAAUUUAUUCAAUAAUAAUUUUUUGCAUUUAAUAAAUUACAAAUCAUUUGAACAGGAUUUGUGGAAUCUAUGUGAACAUUUCAAAGAUAUACUUCAUAAGCAUGAAAAUUCCACUAUGAUGGAUGAUGUACAAGUGACACAAGAGGAAAAUGUGGUAACGAAUCAUAACACUUUCGAGGAUCUUGAAGCUAUUCAACUUAACUCAAACAAACCGUCGCCAUUCUUUCAUGAAAAAAUACCUCAUCUUUAA